UCGGCUCCAAUUUCGUUCGACCGCACUUUCCCUCCUUCAAUUGGAACUAUAUCUCAGCGAGAUAGAACGGCGUUGGGCGAUGAUCCUAGGGUUUUGAGAUAGAGAGAGUAAGAGAUCCUCAAUGUCGAUAGCUGAAGCUUCCUCUCGUCUCGAUUCACAGAAUACCCAUGUCGGAGCCAAAAGUAAAAUUGAGAAAGAAGACAAUGGAAAUGCCCAAAGGAGAAUACUUGGUGACAUAAGCAACUUAGUGCAGAAACCCAAUCAAUUACCUGGGAAUGGGAAAAUGCAACAGACUUCAAAUAGUACAAAAGACUACAUUAAUCAACUCGAAAAGGAAAAUAUGGCCUUACAGAAACUUAUUGCUGAGAAUAAACUUGUUGAAAGGAUGGGGCUUGAGAAACAGGCGCUGAGAAUUAAUAUGCAGAACAUGCAGCUGCAGAAAUUGCAGAUGCAGAACAUGCAGCUGGCUCAGUCAAACAGCCAAAUGUUAAAGGAGCUUAAUUUGGUUAAAGAUAGGCUAAAAAUAAUACAGCAUGAGCUUGGAUGUAAAAAUGGCAUAAUUGCAGCCCAAAAACUGGAACUGAAGCCAAAGGACAAUACAAUGGCAUGUCAAAUAGUUGUAAAUGAGAUGGUGGGUGGUACUAGUACAGAUAAGAUUGUACAUGAAUCAUCCGAAGCAAAUAGAGUUGAAAUUCAACCCAGUAAUAUGAACAGGAAGUUGAGAUCAAAAAGUGUAGACUCUUCUGCUGCACAGAAAGAUGAUCUGAAGGAGAAACCUAAAAGCAAAAGGGUUUGUUUGAGGCGGCAAUCUGUCAGACUCAAACAUGAAGAUACGGAAGACCUAUUUGAGAUUCAUGAUGCCAAAUUCCCCAUUUGUUCCCUGUCAGACGAUGAACCAUCUGAUAAGAAGGAACAGGUUUCUCAAGAAUGCAGCAACUUUGCCACUGGUGAUGAUAAUACAAGAGAGUCUAGACGAUCAUCUUUAGGAAGACCCUUGCGCUCAGCUGCCAAUAAAAUCAUGUCGUAUAAGGAAAUCCCUCUCAACACUAAGAUGCGAAGAUGAAGUGAACUAUGAUUUAUGAGCCAUUUUUAUUUCUUUUGGUGAUAAGAAGGAAACCAAACCAAAUGAUUCAGUAACAGGAAACUUUGUGAAUGUGCAAUUUUCUAUUACUAACUAAGUAGUAUGAUUUUUCUCUCUUCUCUCUCGUGUGGAAUUCUUGUGAAAAUACUCUGUAAACUGGAGUUUUCUUGGGAAAAGUGUGUUGUUGAUUACCCAGAAAAUGUCUCCAAGAAAGAGAUCUAAUUUCACUUCCCUUUCUGAUAAUCUCAAUAAUGUUUUCCCAAUCUUGUUGAUUUCCCAGUCUAUGAACUGAGCAACCAUCACUUACUUGCAAUUUGAUUCGAUCUGGACACCAUUCCAUGACUCUUUAAACGGCGUCCACAUUAAUAUCCAAGCUUACAAGGGGAGGAGGCCCCCAUUCUCUCUGCCAGGUUCUAUCUUGGUUGCGAUAAUUUUCACUAUGGUUAUUAAGUUAAUGGAAAAAGUAUCCCUACCUUCCUUGGAUGAUUUGUUUCCAGAUAAAACAACAUAUAUGUGCAAACAGAAGCCAGCCUAAUUGGAAACUGGUAUUUUGUUAUAAUAUAUGGCACAAUCACAAUUCCAUUACAUUGUCAAAAGUUAAAAUUGAAAGCGAUUUUUUUUACGUUUGUAUAAGAUUGUUUUUUCGAUUAUGAUCUAGAUAGAACAUGAUUUUUUACUCUAGUUGAUACCAAAACGAUUUAUUUGAUGAUGUUCCAAAUUAUUGUGUGAUUUUUGCCUUUGGUAUUAGA